CGUACAGGGGCGGGCUGGCGGGCCUGUUGGGCCAGCAGGAGGACGGCGCCGGGCCGAGGCCGCUGGACCCACCGUUGGAACCACAGCUGGGUGAAGUCAGUGCUGCUAGGUCUUUGGAGCCAGACCGAAGGGAAGGUCGCGCGCCCCGGGGUGGGUAGCACCAGGCGGCGGCCGUCGGCCGGGCCUCCCGAAGCCUCCUCGAGCCGCUAAUACCGCCCGCGCCUCCCUCCUAGUCCUAGACUUGGCAUUGCCUGUCCCUCUUCGGCUUCCAGACCCGCCUGACCCGCCAUAUUAGGCCCCGACCCCGCCCUCCAUCUCAUUGCCCAUUGCCUCCCCGCCCCUCCGCCGGCCUACCCUCAGUUCAUUGGCCCAGGCUCCCGCUUUCUCCGCCCAAUGUUAGGCCUUACCUCCUCCAGGAUCCACCCUCUCCCCGCCCACCCGCAUAAGCCACGCCCACCAUUCCAACUCUCGCUCCUUUUUGGCUUGUAGGCCGCACCUACUCUGCAUAUGCCCCGCCCCUCACUCCAGGUGCCGCCCACUUAACUGAGGAUCCAGGAUGCCCUCAAGGUGCCUCCGGCCGGCAGCGCCGCCGUGGUCCCGGAGCGCGGCGACAUGCCCGAGCUGGUGGUGACCGCGCUGCUGGCGCCGUCGCGGCUGUCGCUGAAGCUGCUGCGCGCCUUCAUGUGGAGCCUGGUGUUCUCGGUGGCGCUGGUGGCCGCGGCAGUCUACGGCUGCAUAGCGCUCACGCACGUGCUGUGCCGGCCCCGGCGAGGCUGCUGCGGGCGACGUCGGAGCGCGCCCCCCGCCUGCCUGAGCGACCCAUCGCUGGGCGAGCACGGUUUCCUGAACCUCAAGAGCUCCGGCCUGCGUCUGCACUAUGUCUCGGCUGGACGAGGCAACGGACGCCUCAUGCUGUUUCUGCACGGCUUCCCUGAGAACUGGUUCUCCUGGCGAUACCAGCUCCGGGAGUUCCAGAGCCGCUUCCAUGUUGUGGCUGUGGACUUGCGAGGCUAUGGCCCCUCGGAUGCACCUCGGGGUGUGGACUGCUACACAAUCGACCUGCUGCUGGUGGAUAUCAAAGAUGCCAUCCUAGGCCUGGGUUACUCAAAGUGCAUCCUUGUGGCCCAUGACUGGGGUGCCCUCCUUGCCUGGCAUUUCUCCAUCUACUACCCAUCCCUGGUCGAGCGGAUGGUUGUGGUCAGUGGUGCCCCCAUGUCGGUGUACCAAGACUAUUCCCUGCACCACAUCAGCCAGUUCUUCCGUUCCCACUACAUGUUCCUGUUCCAGCUGCCCUGGCUGCCCGAGAAGCUGCUGUCUAUGUCUGACUUCCAGAUUCUGAAGACCACCCUCACCCACCGCAAGACAGGCAUCCCACGCUUGACCCCCAACGAGCUCGAGGCCUUCCUUUAUAACUUCUCACAGCCUGGUGGCCUCACGGGGCCCCUCAACUAUUACCGAAACCUCUUCAGGAACUUCCCCCUGGAACCCCAGGAGCUGGCCACAUCCACGUUGCUGCUGUGGGGGGAGAAGGACACUUACUUGGAGCUGGGGCUGGUGGAAGCCAUCGGCAGCUGCUUUGUGCCGGGCCGCUUGGAGGCCCACAUCUUGCCAGGCAUAGGGCAUUGGAUCCCACAGAGCAACCCCCAGGAGAUGCACCAGUACAUGUGGGCCUUCUUGCAAGACUUGCUGGACUAGCGGUCCUUGCCGCCUGCCCAGGAGGCAUGGAUUCUCAGGAAGGAACACACACCCGUUAUCUGCGUGUGCCUGGGAGUCCAUACAAUGGUGAACUCUUGAAUCGCUCAUAGGCACAGGACUCCUGGAUCUCACACAAGUGCACCUAUGGGUGCCUUGGGACACGUCAACCCCUGUACUCACACACAGGCAUGGAUGCAUGUAUGUGUAACAAAAACUUUGACCCUGGGAACCGGGUAUACCUCUCCUCCAAUGGAGCCAGAUGCCGAGACAGAGUGUCCCACCUCCUCCCUUGCUGGGGCCUCACUCUGCUCUUUGCCAAAGUUGGUUCUCUGCCAUAGCUGCACAAACCUUAAACCCUGACCUUCCUGUCCCUGCCUUCCACCUCCUGCCUGGGUCUUCAGCUCAGUGCUACUCUAAAUACCAUACUGCUCACCACAUUUGGCUACUUCAACUUAAAUGUUAAUUGAAAUGAAAUACAAUGAAAAUGCAGUGCUCAGUCA